CACAGGCGCGCCUGUGCCGUGUAGAUUGUCCGCAGAACCUCAGCGUGUGUGUGCAAAGAUGAAGGCAGCCCUGCUCGUAACGUUGGCCGUGGUGGCGGCCGCCAGUGCCGAAUGGAUCGACAUUGACUGGUCGCGAGUGAAGCCGAUCGACCAGUUCGAUCACUACUGGCAGCGUCUGCCGGCGGAGCUGCAGUUCCUGCGCCACGCGCGGCCCGCGCAGCGCAUCGUCAACGGGCAGGAGGCGGUGCCGGGCCAGUUCCCGUACCAGAUCGCGCUGCUGAGCAACUUUGCUGCGGGCGGGGGCCUGUGCGGUGGCACCAUCAUCACGAACACCUUCAUCCUGACCGCCGCUCACUGUGUGGUGGAUGGGGCCGGUGCUCUCGCCACCGAUGGUACGGCCAUCCUGGGCGCCCACAACCGGACCGCCACCGAACCGACCCAGCAGCGCAUCGGCUUCGUGCGCGACGGUGUGUUUGUGCAUCCGAGCUACAGUGCGACGCUGAUCCGGAACGACAUUGCGACGGUGCGCCUGAACUCGCCCGCCGUCUUUAACGAGCGCGUGCAGCCGAUCGAGCUGCCGGCCCGGUCGGACAGCCGUACGUUCGCUGGCAUGAUUGGAACCGCUUCCGGGUUCGGGCGCACGUCGGAUGCGCUGCCGGGCGCGUCGGAUGUGGUCAUGUACACGAGCAACCCGGUCAUGACGAAUGCGGCCUGUGUCAGCGCCUGGAACAUCAUCCUCGUGUCGGACCAGAACGUAUGUCUGGAUGCUACUGGUGGCCGGUCGGUGUGCAACGGUGACUCCGGCGGUCCGCUGACCGUGCAGGACGGGGGCGAAAGUCUAGAGAUCGGUAUCGCUUCGUUCGUGUCGGCGCAGGGUUGCGCCUCGGGCAUUCCGUCCGUGUGGGUGCGCAUCUCCUUCUAUCGCGAUUUUAUCGAGCAAAACUCAAACUACGUGUUCCGUGCGUAAAUCCGGGAAGGGAAAGAAAUCCAAGUCCAUUUCGUUGUAAAUACAGUAGGAAUAAAAAUGAACAUUGUGUUUAAA